AAGCGAGCCGACAGCCCUCUGGAGAGAGUGAGUGAUAGUGUAUGUGUAGAUAGAAGUGGUGUGUGUGCGGAGGCGCACAAGCUAUGCAAAGCCCGAGUCUUGGAGGUAUACUGCCAUUACGCGCUAUUACGCAUUGACAGCUACUCUCAUUGUAGAGCGCUCAGCGCGGCGGAUCGGGAUUUUGGAUUUCUCACAAAUACAGGUUGAAAUUCUUCCUUUUAAAUCAUCUAUCUUCAGCAGAACAAAUUGAUCUUCAGAGCAGAGUCCAGCUGCCAUUCAUCCGCACAGGAAUGGUGGAUCAUUUGCCACUUGGUGAGGAGACCUUCCUGUGUUACACCAACUCACCAGGGUCCGACUACAACUGCCUGAGUCAUCACACCAAUGGUGGCGUGACGCUGGGCAUCAUGGUGACUGACACAGGCAUCUACCACCACCACCACCACCACCACCACCCUUACGAAGGGCUGACCCUGUCCUCCUCCCCUCGUCUCUCUGAGGAUGACCUCAGUGACUCCUCCAGCCCUCGUUCCUCCCUCUGCUCCAGCCCAGAAUCAUCCUCACCAACGUUACGCCACGUUCUCAGCUCCAGCUACGAAAGCAGGAGCAGCAGGAGCAGUGAAAGCUGCAGCUCCUCAGGAGGAGAGAGUCAGGACAGUCUGCUGGACCUCCUUCUCUCACAAGCCUCUGUUAGUAGCAACUCUCAUUCUUCCUCCUCUCUUUCCCUGUCCUCCCCAACCUCAUCUUCCUCCUCAUCUGUCCCUCUUUUACCAAUGGGGCUGGCCUGGGACUCAAAGAGGGAGCAGCGGCUGAGUCUCCUUCAGCAGCAGGCCAAAGAGGACUGUUACGAGUUCCCUGUGUUCCUGGAUGAGCUACAGGAUCCUGCAGCACUUCUUUUUCAGCCAACCCUGGAGGAGAUUGAGGAGUUCUUGGAGGAGAAUAUGGUGGUGGCAAUGGAGAAAGACGAGGAGGGGAGCGAUGAGGCGAUGUCGCAAACAUCAGAGGAUACUGAGGCGGAAAGUUCGAGGACUUUCACAGGAGAAUUCAUAUCAGUGCCACAAAACUCAGAUCAGACUGUGCCUGUGGCUCAUUCUCCUCUUCCCUCCUACUCAGAGACCAAACACACACACAAUGCAUCCGACAUGGACUGCCCAUCAUCAACAGUGGAUGUUAGUUGUAUAGCUAGUUUGAGCUCUACAAGUGGUAGAGUUGAUGGGAUCAAACAGGAGGACUGUGGUUCACUGCCGGCCUCUUCAGAAGGUCCCAGUCCUUCUCCCAGUGUGCCUGUUAUCCUUCAGAUCCAGCCAGUACAGAUCAAACAAGAGCCCAACCCUAGUGCCAUUGCAGACGCUGUCACCCCAAAAACUGAAUCACAGACAACGCUGGCCCAGCCGGAUAUCAAAAUCGCCCAACUCCUGGUCAACAUCCAGGGGCAGACCUUUGCUUUAGUGCCUCAGCUGCUCUCUCCGGCUAAUGUUGCUAAUGCUGGCAAAAAUGGAAUCACUGCUUCGCCCAAAUUUGUGCGGAUAGCACCGGUGCCCAUUGCUGCCAAGCCCCUUGGACUUGGAGACGGUGGGUUGGUCGGGGGUUCCUCAUCAGGGGUCCUUGCUGGAGGUCAGAGGUACCAGAAGAGUGCAGUUGCAGACCUUAUCAAAAUGCACAAGUGCUCUUUUCCUGGCUGCAAUAAGAUGUACACCAAGAGCAGCCACCUUAAAGCCCACCUGAGGAGGCACACGGGGGAGAAACCCUUCGCCUGCACAUGGCCCGGUUGUGGAUGGAGGUUCUCCCGGUCCGAUGAGCUGUCCCGACAUCGGCGCUCCCACUCUGGAGUAAAACCGUACCAGUGCAUUGUCUGCGAGAAGAAGUUUGCCCGCAGCGAUCACCUGUCGAAACACCUCAAAGUCCAUCGCUUUCCACGAAGCAGCAGGACAGGACGCUCUGCAAACUGACUCCUGUGACCCCGCUCUGACAGACUGACGCUAAGCGGAGAGUUCGCAGGGGAGGGGGCUGUGACGGUGUGUGUUUGUGUGUGUGUAUGACGAAGGACAGAGGAGGCUGAGGGGUGAAAGUCCAAACACCUUCAAAAGGAGUCUGUGUGGGACUUGUGUGUGUUUGUGUUCAAAUAAGUACGCCUGACGUACGUUCAUGGUACUGUGAUAAUUUAUUGGGUGGGGAGGAAAAGACUGUAAAACUGUUACUUGACACAACACCCUCAGAGGGGGAAUAAGCUUCUUGUAUAUUUUUGUUUCAAAUCUUUUUUAUUAUUAUUGAAGAAAGAUUUGCUAUUCAGAGUAUUUUUACACUUUGAGAUGUGUUUAAUGGUUGUUGGAGUAAAAAGCCUUAUAACAACACAAGAUGCAUCACUUAAGGGAUCUGCUCUAUCAAAAGUGUUUCCUUCAUUAGUCAUCACUUUUAAUGGCUUAACUUUAAUUGUUUGGGGACUUGGCUUAAUUCGGUCCCGACAGACAGACAGAGUAACUGAUGUACAUUCCUUUAGCUCGGGAUUUAUGAUGUUUUUGUCGCCUUUCAGUGCCAUUACAGGAAAAAAAAACUCUCAUAACCUCAAAUAUGAGAACAAAGCUCAAGUCGUGUCAUUUCAGGCGUAAUUAUCACUGAAAACAAAACAUUUUUGUUGUCAAGUAAAUCAGAUAUGGCUGUUUUUGUUGUGACUGGACCCACCUUUUCACAUCUGGUCAACAUGCUGUUAUUUGGCCUUUUUAAAAUCACACCAAAAUUUGGUGCUGCAGCUACUUUCUUUAAUGUCCUACAAAAUAUUUCAAGCCCCAUCGAUACGUUUUUACAAAAGUAUCUGCUCUGUCUUCAUGUCACUUUAUUAACUGAGUGUCACUGCUGUGAAAAAUUAUACAAGAGGUGGAAAUUUUAACGCACAAUGGAAGGCCUGGGAAUGAGUUUGGAAUAUAUAACAUGUCUUGCCUCUGCUCUUGCCAAAUCACAAUCACAGUUACCUUUUCAAAGUGGAAAGCUAUCACAAGAUCACCAGAAUAUAUAUAUUAAAGUAAGCCUAUGUAAUUUUUUCUGAAAAGUAGGGAUGUAAGAAGAUAUCAAUACACUUAAGAAUCACAUAAUUGUGUUUUGUGAUUCCAUAACGAUCCUCAAAAACACUUAAUUGUUGGAAAAUCAAUGCCUGUGUGCUGUUUUAAACCCCUGUGGCCUGUUAAAGCUGCGCCUUAAGUUAGAGUGCAGGGUCCACACCAAACCAUAACUUGUUAGUUUGUACCUUAAGUUGUUUCAUUGUUUGUUGCACCAUGCAGACAUAAGGUUCAUCUUUCAUUCAAAUUAUCCAAAAUAUUGAAAUGACUUUUUCCAUCCUCAUCUGGCCGAUCAGGGGAAGAUCUUCUUCAUGGAAUGCUAGUUUUAGUGCUGACUCCCAUGUCUGAUUGCCUCUAAAGAGGCUAACAGCUGAAAAUAACCUCCUUAAACUCCAGUUAACAGACUUAAAGGUAUGUAAAACCUGACAAAGCAUUCAGUUGGUUAAACCUGGGACAUUAGUACUUUAUAGAUAUUUGUCGGGACUUGCGACAAAUGGUCAUUCUGCCGUACACCACCUCAGAGCUAGUUGUAAGAUUUAAGACGUAGCUUAAAUGUAACUUAUACUGGUGUUGGAACUAUCUCAGCUGGUGUAACCUCUAAAACAUAAGCAGCGUGUAAACUCUGCCUUAAAGUAGAAGUUACGUUCAAAUUAGGCUACAUUUGAAUAUAUGCUCAGCUGGUGCAACCCAGGGCUGGAAUCUUUCUCCAGCUAAUAAUCACUACAACCUAAAAAUAUAAGCAGGGACAGGAAAGAGUAAGCGCAAAUUGGUAGUUUUUACUCAAACAAAAGCACACAGUCGAGCUCAAAAAGGUGGAACUUGUUACCUUGCUGACGAUAUAAAAAUGCAUCAAAUUGUGACCCCCUAUAUUGGGAUAAGAUUGCAAAAUUCUGCUGGAUUGAACAGCCGUUACUAUUAACACGUUUUUUUAUCCACCAUAAGCUUCUGCUCAUACUUGAUUGAAUAAGUUGGUAGCAGCCAAACAUCUAAGUGUACUGGAUGAAUUUACAUUUUAAUGUGUAAGAUAACUAAUGUGCUACUGCUUCUUUCAAAAGCUAAAUAGCUUUGCUUUACCUUUCUUGCAGAGCCAUGGCUCAAUAUUAGCUCCCAGUGAAGCCUCUAUUCUUGCCAAGUCCAGUUUGUUUGCCUCUUCCUUUCACUAAUGAUUUAAUUUAAUGUUUGCAGAUCAAAUUUAACUGGAAUUUUUUUGUACUUGUUGCCCAUCUGUAGAGACUUUAAUCGUAACACAUCAAAGAACAAAAUUAACUGGAACAUUUUUAAAUCUCUUUGAGUUUUUAUCAAAGUUAAGUCCCUGCUCUUGAACAUAUCAGAUCUCUCGCCAUACAAUGAGAAGCCUUCGUGUUGUACUGUAAGGGAACAGUGCGCGUUGCCUGUUAUAUCAAACAUGUCUGGACAGAUUUCUCUUGUGUGCAUAAUUCUGAAUCUUUGCUCAAUUAAGCCAAAAAAAAAGUCACAAAACUCUGCACAGAGUCCAAAGAUGGUUUCUGGUGCCAAAGAGUCGCGGCUCCAUGGACGACGUUCAGCGUUCGAAUGGUUUAAGAAAGGGAUGUUAUUGUUUGACCUUGCAUUGAGUUUUGGAAAUGUUUGAUUUGCUACAAUGAUUGACAAACCCUGCAAGUGUUUGAUACAGAUCACCUGAACGAGACGAGGUGUGUGUUAUUGUGUGUCAGGCAUUCCUUCCAUACAAUGAGUGAAAAGGCUUUUCUGAAUGGAUGUCACAUAUGAGCCAAUGAAUGUAUGUAAAUACUUUGUACAUAAGAAAGGAGACGUAAAAUAUUCUUGUAGUGAUUUCUUUGAUUGUGAAAGAUUUUUUUAAAUAUGUAAAUAUGUAACAUGAUAAUUCAUAUAUAUGGUGGAAAUGUGGUAACUUACUUUUUGUCAGGUUUUUACACGACACGAGAACAACAUGCUCUAAAAGGUUUUAUAAAACAUCCAUAGAACGAAGACUAUCACCUUUUCUUGACUUGCACAGCCACUUUGUCAGGUGCUAAUAGCAAUACAGUAUAAUGAAAGACGUGAUGAGUAUGUUAUGUGCUCUGUAAACACUUCACAAAGAAUGAGUUGCUUUAAAUCUUAUAUAUUUGCUUUUGUUCUUACAUAAACUAUAUUUACAAUAAAAACAACCAAAGAUGCAAAA